AACUAUUCUCCUUCUAUAAGAACAUGAACCAACCCAAUCAAAAAUUUUCAAAUCCCAUUCCCCCCAACAAUUAAUUCCUUCCCUUUUCAACAAAUAUGUCUCUCAAAUCCCCCAUUUCCAAUCUCUUCUUCUUCGUCUUCCUCCUCUUAAUCACUUUCUCCGUCGCCAGUAAACACCGCUUUCGUCGCCCCUGCCGCCACCUAGUCUUCUACUUCCACGACAUCAUCUUCAACGGACACAACGCAAAGAACGCAACCUCAGCCAUCGUCGGAGCUCCAGCAUGGGGAAACUUGACGGUUCUAGCUGCACAGAACCACUUCGGUAAUGUGGUGGUGUUCGACGAUCCGAUUACACUUGACAACAACCUGCACUCGCCGCCAGUGGGACGGGCGCAGGGAUUCUACAUUUACGACAAGAAGGAUAUCUUCACAGCUUGGCUUGGAUUUUCGUUUGUGUUUAACUCGACGGAACAUAGAGGGAGUUUGAACUUUGCGGGGGCGGAUCCGUUGAUGAAUAAGACGAGAGAUAUUUCGGUGAUCGGAGGGACGGGGGAUUUCUUCAUGGCGAGAGGAAUUGCGACUCUGUCAACGGAUUCGUUGGAAGGGGAAGUUUAUUUUAGGCUUCGGACGGAUAUUAAAUUGUAUGAAUGUUGGUGAUUUUUAUUCUUCGUUUUUCUUUGCUAAGUCUUUUUCUUCGAAAUCCCAACCUGUUUGCUUUUAUUUUUCAUGAAAAAUAAAAUGCAAUGCAAUAAAUUUGAGUGGAUGAGCCUUUAAUUUCUUA